UCCCCAUGUCUGCUCCCCCUCCCCCUAAAACCCAUGACCGCCUGUCCUGAUAUAGAUGGGACCUGGGACUGGUUUAAAAUGACAGGCUCAGGUUCUUUGAGGAAGAGAAGUCUAAUUCAAAGGAGCAGCGAGACAAGCUUUCCUUCUCUGCAGGAAUAAUUACUAUUCCCCUUCACUAUGGCCCACCUGGGAGCCCAUUUUGCCUUUAGAUCUCGCUGGCAGAAGACUGACGAUGAACUCUGUCGUCAUAGCAUGUCCUUUAUACUCCACAAAGCCAUUCGAAAUGACUUCUUUCAGAGCUACCUCUACCUGCUGGAAAAAAUUCCCCUGGUAAAAUUGUAUGCUUUAACAAGCCAAGUCAUUGAUGGUGAGAUGCAGUUCUAUGCCAGAGCCAAACUUUUCUACCAAGAAGUACCGGCCACCGAAGAAGGCAUGAUGGGAAAUUUUAUUGAACUAUCCAACCCAGAUAUCCAGGCCUCUCGUGAAUUUCUUAGGAAAUUUGUUGGGGGGCCAGGGAGAGCGGGAACUGGCUGCGCCUUGGACUGCGGUUCUGGAAUAGGAAGGGUCAGCAAGCACGUCUUGUUGCCUGUUUUCAGCAGUGUUGAACUGGUGGACAUGAUGGAAUCCUUCCUCCUUGAAGCCCAGAGCUACUUGCAUGUUAAUGAGGACAAAGUUGAAAGUUACCACUGCUACAGCCUGCAGGAGUUCACACCCCACUUAGGGAGAUAUGAUGUCAUCUGGAUUCAAUGGGUCUCAGGGUACCUGACUGAUAAGGACCUUCUUGCAUUUCUUUCCCGGUGUCGAGAUGGCCUGAAAGAAAAUGGUAUUAUCAUACUGAAGGACAAUGUAGCACGGGAGGGCUGUAUCUUCGACCUGUCUGACAGCAGUGUGACCCGGGACAUGGAUAUCCUUCGAAGCCUUUUUAGGAAGAGUGGACUGGUGGUUCUAGGCCAGGAGAAGCAAGAAGGCUUCCCAGAGCAGUGUGUUCCAGUGUGGAUGUUUGCACUGCACAGUGACAGACACUCUUGAUCGGCACUGGAAAUGAACCACCAGACUGG